AUGUCAUCUUCCUCUUCAUUGGGUUCGACGGACACCAUGGAAGCCGUAAAAUAUUUUAUAAACACGGUGGAGGAGGAGGUUUCGUCACAACCACGAAACAGGAACCCACACAUCGACCGAGACCGAGAAAGUGCUCACGAAAGAUUAGUCGUCGAUUACUUUGCCGACGAGCCGUUGUACUCGGAGGCUAUUUUUAGACGCCGUUUCAGAAUGAGUCGUCGACUUUUCUUACGUAUAGCCGACGAUUUAGCCGCUUAUGACCCGUUUUUUACCUUGCGACACGAUGCUAGAGGCAAAAGGGGAUUCACCACCUUACAGAAAUGCACUGCGACGAUUCGUCAACUAGAUUUUGGGACGGCAGCCGAUGCUUGGGACGAAUACUUAAAGAUGUCCGAAAGAACUGCUAGAGAAUGUUUAUACAAGGAUCCUGAUACGAGGUUUACGCUUUCGGGAGUGGAGUACAGACGCGGGUAUUAUCUUGCCGAUGGAAUAUACCUACAGUACUCUACAAUUGUUAAAACUGUUAGGCAUCCGCCAGAUGAAAAAAGAAAGAAAUUUGCCAAGUUUCAAGAAGCGACUAGAAAAGAUAUUGAACGGUGUUUUGGGGUUCUCCAACUAAGAUGGCAUAUUAUUGAAAAUCCAGCACACGCUUUUACACCCAAUACGUUGCGAUAA